AUUUUUUUGCUCGUGCUAUUAUUCCACAACGCAACAGCUGUGUGUUACCAAAACUCAAUAUUCCCUUUCAUCUCUAGAAUUGUAGAUUCCUUCUUUCUUCUUCUCCUCCCUUUUUUUCGUUACUUUUCUUUCAACACACAAACACUCACAGGCUAUCCGACAAAACGCACAAUCAAAGAAAGAAAGAAAGGAAGGAAGGGGAGAUAACGCGCAACCAAUCCGAAACCUUGCUUGAUAUUUUCUCAGUUUAAAUUUACUUUUCAUCAUUAAUCGCAAACGUCCAAAAGCCGUAAUGUCGUUGUUCUCAAAACUUACAAAGAACAAUGACAAGUCUAUAUACCCAUGGUCACAACGCAAAAUAAGUAGCGCGAGCCAAGCUUUCCCGAGAUCGGGUCAUGCAUCCGCUGUUUUACCAUCCGAUCAAAUUCUUAUUUUUGGAGGCGUUCAUCGCAACACUGGCAAAAGAGAGCUAAUUUCUAUAGACAGUAACAGUCUAUCCGUCAAUUCACUUAGUACAGCAGGUGAUUUACCAUCUCCUCGGUGUUACGCGACAUUUGUUUCUAUUGGCAACUUUGCUUUGUUAUAUGGCGGUGAACCAACCAUGCCCGAUGAGAAAUGGGAUCCCCACGUGUAUAUUUAUAAUAGUAGCAAUCGACACUGGACUCGGAUUCGUAUGGAGGGACAUAUUCCUGUGGAACGAUCACGACACACAAGUGUAAUGGUGGAUGGUGCAAUGUACAUUUGGGGAGGACAACGUGCUGGAAGGUAUCUGGAUGACAUGGUUGCAUUCAAUACGAAUACAUACCCGUCAAAUCCACAAUGGGAAUACAUUACACCCAAUGGAGAUGGACCGUCCGCACGGGCUGGCCAUGCAUCUGUCAUUUUUGAUAACAAGCUCUACAUCUUUGGAGGUACAGACGGAGAUCAUCUUUACAACGAUAUAUGGGCAUUUGACUUGCAGGCACGGAUUUGGAUGCAGGUGCCUGCGGUGGGUUAUAUCCCAGUACCACGUACCGAUUUCUCGUGUGCCAUGGUGGAUGGUGUCAUGUACAUCUUCGGCGGCCGUGGUCCUGACGGUCAAGAUCUGGGUGACUUGUGUGCUUUCCGUAUCAAAAGUCAACGGUGGUACAUGUUUCAGAAUAUGGGACCCACCCCAUCUGCACGCCAUGGGCUUUCGAUCGCAACAGUAAAGGAGAAAAUGAUUGUGCUUGGUGGCGAUAACAAUGUUGGCCGAUUAGACGAUGUAUCCAAUGCAUAUAUCCUUGAUAGCUCAAAAAUUCGGUAUCCACCCGAAGCAGCUGCACAGCAAGCUCCACCAAUCACCCCUUCGCCGUCCUCAAAUUCGUUUAAUGAGCACGACAGUUCACUGCGAGGAAAAAUCCCAUCAAAUAUCCAAAACUCGCAAAGCACGCCUGUUCGAUCACCGCCUCCUAAUUCUAGCCAACCGUACCAGAGUCAGCAUUAUCCCUAUCAGCAACAGCAACAGCAGCAAUAUAAUGACCCUACUAUCCCAUUCCGGGAAAAUGAACUCGAACCACAAGUGUCAGCAUCUACACCUGUUCCUGGUAGCAGCAGCAGCAAUCCGUCGCAACAACAACAGCAGCAGCAGCAGCAGCAGCAUUCCAAGCAACAUGAAGGAAAGCCACGGCAUGCCUCGGUCGUACCAGAAGCUGCACGAAGACGUACACGAACAACGUCGCCGAUGCCAUUCAGCGAUGUUGAUACAACCGUUUCAGCAGAUGGUUCCAUAAGACAACAGCAUGGGCCCUUAUCUCCGUCAUCGACGACUAGCGCAGCCGAAAGCCUCGAGGCAGCGACAGCAGCUGUAGCACCUAUUCAUCCACCCGCUCAACAACAGCCGCAACAGCAACAAUCGCCACAUCACCCUCGCAAUACGAUGAAUGGCAUUACUCCUCCACCUCGACCGUCUCGUGAAGGCGUCAAGCUCAAUAACACAUAUCGACAUACCAUGACUGGUGGUGAGGACUACGAUGAUCGGCCAAAAACAAACGGCCAUGCUACCCAGCAUCCAUCACCUCAACCGCAAUCCCAGCAGCCCCAACCAUCACCACCGCAGCAGCAACAGGAUAUUCUACCUUUAACACCACCCUCAAGUUCACAAUCAACGACUCGCAUUCAGGAAGAAAAGGCCGCGCUGGUUCGCGAACUGAGAGCCCGUGAAAUGAUUGUGAGCGAGAUGCGUAAAAAGGAACAAUGGUGGCGAACCGAAGUAUCGAUUGCACGCAAGAUACGAGCGGAGCAGGGCCAUGCAUUGGACAACGACGACGACGACGAAGAAUUGAUGGACUUGACUGACUCGGAAAAAUACAAGCUGUUUGAUCAACUGGUGGCAAUGAAGACAGAGCUGCGCCGGGUCAAGCAAUCGAUAGGACACCAGGCACAGCCCAUGUCGCAAAAGGUCGAGCAGGCCGAUCGGAUGCGUCUGGCUGCAUUGCAAGAGGCUGCCUAUUUCAAGGCCAAAUACCAAGCGCUCAAGGCCCGCCAGCCCUUUGAUGAGACGGACCGCACUGCGGAUCUGGAAAAGCGGUUGGCAACAGCGUUAUCUGAACACGAAUCGAAUACCCGGUUAUUACAGCAAUUGCAACAACGUGCACACCAUGACCAUACAUCACGCGUGUCAGCAGAUGAACGGGCUAAAGAAGCCCACGAGCGUGCACAGGAGGCACAAGAAGCACACCAACGCGCACUGGAAGAAUUGGCCAGCGUGCAUGAUCGUGCAGUGAAGGCGGAAGGACAAGCAAGAGAAGGUGCAGUGCAGAUUGCAGAAUUAACACGGCAGUUGGCACAGGCCCUGUCAACGCCAGAGGCUUCUUCACAUGAUCUGAGCGAGGCGCAUAUCACGAUAUCGAAAUUGGAGGCGGCCAAUCUCAAGGCACGGAAUGAGGUCGCUUCGCUCAAGCAGAAGUUGGCAGAAAGCAUGGAUGAUAUUGCUCGGCUUCGGACGAUGCUCAGUGAGCGUGAAGAGGCAUUAAAAGAGACGACAAGAGAACUGGAAGAUUCGGAAAUUCAAAUGGCUAUGCUACGCGAUGCCAUGAAUCGUAUGGAUCCUCCAACUGCUGCUGCUGGUGGUGCUACGGCAGCGACGGCUUCCGCCACGACUUAUUAGUGACAACGAUGAAUCUCCCUACCCACCCAAUCACCUCAGACCUCUUUCCCACGUAUUUAUUAUCUUUCAUUUACUUGUUCCUUCUCUCUCCUUUCGACCUCGCCUUCCCUUCUUUUUUUUUUGUAAAAUUUCCAACAGCAUCUAGAACAACAGCCAAAGGAGCUUUUGUUAUGCUCUCCCUCCUUUCCACAUCAAUCGCAGACACACAUAUAUCAUACACACAACUUCAGCGACAAAGUAAAAAAGAAAAU